AUUCGUAAGGGCUUUGUUUGAUUUUUUUGGCACAUUUCAUUUGCCACGGAUCCAUCCAUAUCGAUAUUCCCACGCCGAAACGAGUCGCCUAAAGUUGACGCCUCCCCCCUCCAUUUCCACUUCCCCAAGCUUCGAUUACUCCUACUGUAAUUCCUCUCUUUGAUCACAAGCAAAGAAUUGUUACUUCUUCCCUUUGCUAAUGGAUCCGAUUCUUUCAGUUGUGGCGCUUUCAGUUGUUCUGGGAGCUGUGAUCGUUUUCGUUUUCUUCAAAAGCUACUUUCUCAAACAAAGAUCUGAAGUUCAGACCAUUGCGAAACCUGAGCUCCAUUCAGAUCCCAAAAAGCCCUCGAAGCCUCCUCAGCCUAUCUUUAGAAAGUCUCACGCUAAACAUCACUCGAAGGAUCAAAACAAGCGUCAUCAUCCAUUGGAUUUGAACACUCUUAAAGGUCAUGCGGAUUCAGUCGCAGGGCUGUGCUUCUCCUCUGAUGGUCGUAAUUUGGCAACUGCUUGCGCUGAUGGAGUGGUUAGGGUAUUUAAGUUGGAGGAUGCUUCAAGUAAAAGUUUCAAGUUUUUAAGAAUUACUGUGCCUGCUGGAGGUCAUCCAAUGGCUGUUGUAUUUUCUGAGGAUGCAUCUUCUAUAGUUGUGGCUUCUCAGACUCUGACUGGUUGUUCCUUGUAUAUGUAUGGAGAAGAAAAACAAAAAGCUACUAAUGAUUCCAAGCAACAGACAAAGCUUCCUCUCCCAGAAAUUAAGUGGGAACAUCACAAAAUCCAUGAAAAAAGAGCAAUUUUGACCUUAACCGGAGCUACUGCAAGUUAUGGCACUGCAGAUGGGAGUACGAUUAUUGCCUCUUGUUCAGAAGGUACGGAUAUCGUACUUUGGCAUGGGAAAACUGGGAAAGUUUUAGGGCAUGUUGAUACUAAUCAGUUGAAAAACACCAUGGCUACUAUUUCACCCAAUGGCCGUUUUCUUGCUGCUGCAGCCUUUACAGCAGAUGUAAAGGUUUGGGAGAUUGUAUAUUCAAAGGAUGGUUCUGUCAAGGAGGUUUUAAACGUUAUGCAGCUUAAAGGGCACAAGAGUGCGGUUACUUGGUUAUGCUUUUCUCCAAGCUCAGAGCAAAUUAUUACAGCAUCCAAGGAUGGUUCAAUAAGAAUUUGGAACAUCAAUGUUCGAUACCAUCUUGAUGAGGAUCCAAAAACUCUGAAGGUGUUUCCAAUACCACUUUGUGAUUCAAGUGGAUCGACUUUGCUGUAUGAUCGUCUUUGUUUAUCCCCUGAUGGAAAGAUACUGGCGACAACACAUGGUUCAACAUUGCAGUGGCUAUGCAUGGAUACAGGAAAGGUUUUGGAUACAGCUGAGAAGGCCCAUGAUGGUGAUAUCACAUGGAUGUCAUGGUCACCUAAGCCAAUACCUCUAGGAAAUGAACAAGUGGUGGUUCUGGCCACGGCAAGUGUUGACAAGAAAGUAAAGUUGUGGGCGGCACCAUCAGUAAAUUCUUCAUAAGCAAAUCUUAAAUCUUCUCGUUCACUGUCAAGGAUUUUCAUGGAGCCCGGGACAUUGUUGUGGAUGCACUUUAGAUCUGCUUACCCGUCCUAACUUCAAUAGUUUUAAGAACUUGAAGAGAGAAAACAGAGGUUGCUAGCUCUUCCAGAAAGGUAGAAUGCUUGUAGGCAGGAUUGGAGCAGAAAGAAAGAAUCUUUUCUUACAUUGUUUUCAUUGUAUGAUCUUACUGAAAUUUUGCUUACUUUGAAACAUUUAUACGUCAUGGGGAUGUGUUUGGUUCUCUUGCUUUUA